AUGCCAGAGGCGCCGUUGACAAUGCCGCAAACACAUAUGCAGUAUAUAGCCUCUGCAACAACUCCUGCCCCCGAUGUCGCGGUGUCCAGCUUGAGCGUCCCGGUCACGCCACUGCAGCAUCCCAGCGCGGUCUCAACCCAGCCAUUGCGAAGACUACCAAGUGCCGAAGAGCUGUCGCACUUGUGCCGAUUCUUCGUAUUGAAUCUCAUAGCCCAUAUACCAGUCGUGGCAGAGUCGGAUGUAGGAGACUUUGGAGAGAUGCAAAAGAGGAACAAACGGCCGCUCGCAUAUAGCAUGGCAUAUGUUGCAGCGCGCUUCGUUCCAGGCUGCCGAUCGAUACGGGCCAUGCUCGUUCCAGAGAUCCUUUCCAUCCUCAAGACUCGAUUCGAUCACUCGAUUGGCCGCAGUGAAGAGCAGCAAUGGACGCUCCUGCAGGCACUUGCAGUCCUAUCCACCUGGUCCCCCUGGGAAACCGUCGAGCUGGACACCGCCAUUGGCGAGUACGAAUCCGAUCUUAGCCGAGAUGCCUUGCGGGCGUCGAUGGAGACGCUCGCGAGACGCUGGUCCUUGCACAGAUCCGGAGAAGAAGUGGCCAGAAUGCAGAAUCAGAAGCACGAUGGCAACCACAUUCGCCAAAGCUUUGCUUUCCGCAAAUACUGCUACUGGCUCUGGCUAUUUGGGUCGGCGCACUUCCAAUCCUUGUUAACACGGACCCCUCCAACGGUUGAAGAAGAUGCCACCAUAAGAAGGGCGGCUCAACUUCUCCACCUGUACGCCGACGACAAGAUGAUCUGUCAAAUUCUAGCCAAUGUAGAAUUAAGCCUGAUAUGGUCCCAGGCCAAGCUCAACGACUGCGAGCUCGGAGAAUGGUGGUGCUCCAUGCCCCACGACGCUCAUGCUGCGUCGAUGCUUUCCGUACUCAAGUGCUUGGACGAAGCUUCGCACCUGUGGCACCGAAAAUGGGCUCGUGCUGAUCGCCAUCCCAGUGGCCAGUUCGCCAUAGAUGUUGCAGGAAACAGCUCCAUUGAGCUUUCGUACCGGUUCACACGGUUCUUCAUCAGCGUCCAUGUCAACAGACUCUUCCACACCUCGUCCUCCAAGCAAUCCGUGGCGGCCUCGGCAGGAGAGGUCAUCGCUCAGUCCGUCGGGAGGGCGUUGAGCAUGUGCCACCUCAUUCUUGAACUGUCUCCACUGAAGAAGUCUUCUGUUCGCUUUGUGCCCGAGUCCACCUUCUCCAUGAUCGCCUUUGCCUGCGAGUGGGUCAUCCGGGCCAAAGACAUAUCGGUGGGCGUGGAAUGCGUGCAGCCAAUUGAUCUGAGAACCGUCAGUGGUGUGGCCGAAUUAAUGGUCGAUUUGAGCAUAGACAACAAUCACAGUGCGCGGACGUAUGGGGAAGGCAUCCUGGCCAAACUACAACAAGCUGCAGUCUUCAAGCCACACACUAGACCUGCUCAGUCGUGGAGUCCUCAUACACAUCCUCACCAUCAACGGGAGCAGCAGAAGCAGCCAUGGGAGACACCUUCUCCCAGCCACAUGAGUUCUCGGACAUUGUUCGACGUUGUAAAUGCCAUGGAUGAAGUUUGGCCAGUGCGAAGUUCACCAAUUCAGGGUGGCGCCCAAUCUACCCGCCCACCUUUGGGUUCAGCUACAGCGUUCGGCGACCAUAGCAAUAUAAUCCCGGACUAUAAUGGUUCCGACUACUUUCAAUUCGAUGCUACGUGGUCAAUAUAUACGCCGUCUAAUAACACAGGCCCCCCUCGUUGA